AUGUCGAGCCGUGUUCGAAAACAAUCGGAUUGUCCUGUGGGCAAACAGGGUCCUAUGAGGGCGACACUGCCGGUGUCGUCGGUCAUGAAGCAGAGCGGGGGACUCAAAAAGAACGCUGCUAUCAGCCCGACACUGUCACCCACCAAUGUUUGGCGAAGAAUAUCGCCAGACCACGCACUCUCUGGCCAGAGGAGUCCUGGAGCUGUUAACUACAAAGGCAAAGGACGAUUUGGCUCCAAUGUUAUCAGGCGUACAGCUUCUUUAGACACUUUAUAUCAUAAAGGACAAUGGCCCAGAGACUACUAUCUUCAUGCCGGCCAGCUACAAGUUGAUAAGUCAACACAAACUGAUGAUGGAGGUGGACUAUCUGGAAGGUCAUCACGAGGAUCGGAUGAUGAUAAAUUAGACCGCUUUUUGAGGAGCCGUUUGCAAAGACCACAUAAACCUAAUGCUUCAGGAGAUUAUUCUACACAUUCAAUGAGCCCCGGAUUCUGGUCUCGUUUUGGCAGUGGUGGUGUACCUUUAAGAGCAGCACGCUCUUCUGUUGAAGGUCUAAACCAAGAGAUAGAAAAACUUGUUCUCUGCCCAGCAAGUGGUACUCAAACACCACAUCUUGAUAGACUACGAGAUAAGGUGACUCCUGAAGGCCACCGUGCACCGGUCCCAGAACUUCUAAGACGUUCAGUCAACACGCAAACACCUCACGACCUCUGUCAUACAGCACACUCAUCAGGGGGUAGUGUUUGCUCAUCGCCCGACCUUGAUGGCUCGAAACUAGGAACUUCACCUCAAAUAAAUCGCUUUUUAGCACGCGAACCUCCCGAUGGUUGUGAGAAGGUAAACCUGAAAGCGGGCGAAGGCGCAUUCUCGGAGCCGAUAGCGGUGAUAAAGCCAAGCGCGCCCGCGUUCACCCUGCGGCCGUCGCUAUGCUCCGCCUUCCAGCCGCUGCAGCCCGCGCCCGCGCCCUCGCCGCACUGA